CUGCAUCGAAACUUAACCCAUUUUGAUGCUGUUAACAUUUAUGUUAGCCUUAAAAGAUUAUGGUAGCAGUGAUGGUGAAAGUGGUUCUGAAAAUGAAAGUACUGUUGACAAUAAUGAAGACAAAAUAAAAGAGUAUGAUAAACAUAUUAAUAAUGACGAUGAUGUUUCUCCAAGAGAUUCAAUUUCUACUAUUGGCAAGUCGAUAAAUUCUAUUGGAUUACAAAUAUGUUCAGCACCAGAAGUUGUAUCCACGGGAACAGAGUUAUGCCUUAAACAUAUAGAUUCAACCGCAACUAUGGUUACGCAUAAUCCUAAGUACGAAGAACUGUUCGCUCCAGAUUUAGGCCCAGAAAAUCCAUUUAAAACUCAGCAACAACGAGCUACAAAAAACAUGCUUUCUGGUUAUGUUGAGAAAGCGUACAUCAGUGAAUUUCAAUUUGAGAAUCAAAGAAGGACAUUUACGAGUUAUGGAUAUGCUCUGGAUCCAACCGUUGAUGGUAGCGCAGAAGAAGGAAAAACAUUGAUUGGUGCUAAGGAAGCUGCAGAAGAAUCGGGUGGUAAAACAGUAUUUGAAAAUACAAUGUUAAGGCCUGCGGAUAAAAGAAAAAGACAUAGGAAUAAUGAUCCUGCAGAUAUCGAAGGAUUUUUAGGUCCUUGGGGUGGUUAUAUAGAUGAAAGACGAGUGGUUAAACCUACUCAAGAAGAAGCAGCGGAAUUGGAAGAGAUUUUAGCUAAAAGAAAUAAGAGAGGGAAACAAGUGGAAGAAAAACCACUUGAAGAAAAGACUGUAUUACAUAUUAAAGAUAGUGUGGAUUAUCAAGGAAGAUCAUUUCUACAUGCACCACAAGAUAUUGGUGUCAACUUAAGAUCAGAUUCACCACCUGAACGGUGUUUCCUACCAAAAGCACACAUUCAUACAUGGGAGGGUCACACAAAGGGUAUUUCUCAAAUAAGAUGGUUCCCACGAACUGCCCACUUGCUUCUUUCCUGCAGUAUGGAUUGUAGGGUUAAGUUAUGGGAAGUUUACAAAGAAAGACGAUGCGUUAGAACUUAUUACGGUCAUCGUCAAGCUGUACGUGAUGUAAGUUUUGACAAUGAUGGAAAGAGAUUUCUUUCUGCUGGCUAUGAUCGUUAUGUUAAAUUAUGGGACACAGAAACUGGCGCUUGUAUAAGCAGAUUUACGAGUAGAAAAAUUCCAUAUUGUGCUAAGUUUAAUCCCGAUCCAGAUAAACAACAUCUUUUUGUAGCUGGAACAAGCGAUAAAAAAAUUAUUUGCUGGGAUAUACGAUCUGGUGAGAUAACUCAAGAAUAUGACAGACAUUUAGGUGCAGUUAAUACAAUAACUUUUGUUGAUGAUAAUCGUAGAUUUGUUACUACUUCUGAUGAUAAAAGUCUUCGCGUUUGGGAAUGGGAUAUUCCUGUUGAUAUGAAAUACAUUGCUGAUCCUUCGAUGCAUUCGAUGCCAGCUGUUACACCAUCGCCUAAUCAAAAAUGGUUAGCUUGUCAAAGCAUGGACAAUAAAAUUGUGAUAUUCUCGGCCUUAAACAGAUUCAAAAUGAAUCGAAAAAAAACUUUUACUGGUCAUAUGGUUGCCGGUUAUGCUUGUGGUCUUGAUUUUUCUCCUGACAUGAGUUAUCUUGUAUCAGGAGAUGCAGAUGGAAAAUGUUACAUAUGGGACUGGAAGACAACAAAAUUAUAUAAAAAAUGGAAAGCGCACGACGGCGUAUGCAUUGAUGUUUUAUGGCAUCCACACGAACCAUCUAAACUAGCAACAGCUGGAUGGGAUGGAAAAAUAAAAUAUUGGGAUUAAUAUUUUAUAUUAAUAUGUAAAUUCUACCUCUUUGACUUUAUGCGAAUUAAUGUGCGUACGCACACUCAUGCGUCCAUCUACGUAUUAAGAUUGUACAUAUAGAAUUUGUAAUAAAUUUUUAAUUUUACUCUA